CUCACACGAUAUGCGCCAUAAAGUUUGGUCCUAUCUUGAAACCUACGGAAUACACAUCACGGAUACUACAGGCCGCAUGCCAAUACCUCGUACGGUUCUCGAACCUCCAUGACGAAUACCGGAUGUAGUACAAUAUUCACGAUGUCGCACAAUCUUCUGGAAACCCAUACGCCUUCACGAUGUCAGUCGUUGGCAAACAGUUUGCAAACCUGAAAAGCAGCGCCAUCGGCAUGAUAUGAUCAGAUAUCUCGCCAGUACCACAACCAACCAAAGUUUCAUUCACACCAAUAUGGCACAACGAGGAAGACAAGUUAGAGUAGGGGAUCGUGUCGUCGUCGCUAUCAUCAAUGAAGAUGUCGAUCACACCGGUUUGGCAUUACGAAGAGUAGAACUUGAGAUAGGAGAUCCGCACGCAUCGCUAGCAACUCAAGCAAUGCUACGAAUGCCACCGUCGCAGUUUGUUUCUCCCCAAAGACAGAUGACUGAUCGCAGUGUAAAAACUCAGAGCGGUCAAACUGUGAAGGGAGCCUACGAGCGGCGUGUUACUCGUUCACAGUCAGAUUGGUAUGAACAACGCGAUGUGUAUUCACAAAUGUAUCAUGAAUGGCUACGUCCUGGAUUCCCACGAUCAUUAGAUCAUUACGAAACCUGUAGCAUCGACAACCCUGGAAACAAUAGCAUGGAGACCCCUCUUUCUCCUGUUGGAGAACAUGACACUACUUCCAGCUCUCGCAUCAACCCAAUAAGACUGAGUCGUAGUACUGCUGUAAAGCACAACAGUACGAAAGAUAGGAAGACCGGAAUUGAGAAGCACGACAGCACAGCGCACAACAGCCGCGCUUCAGAGAUUGCGGCGGCUCAUGCUCCAGCUGCCCAGUCUCCUGUAGAUUCACGACCAUCUAAUGUACGACGUCGCUUUAGCUUCGAACUCGCUGACCCAAGCGAUGCGACCGGAUUGUCAGACCCGCCUGAUUUUGAAUACGUUCCGAUAACUCCGGCGGCCACAGACCUAAAACGUCAACCGGCACUGGUAUCGGAAGCAAAUCACCAGGUGCGAGCGUCUAUUAAUCUCUCUCGACCACAAAUACCUAUCUGGGAAGAGCAAGGUCGUCCAGCAACCAAAGAAGAACGCGAUCAAGAAGAGCUCAAAGACUUGGAUAGGAUGCGACGUCGCGUUCUGACGACUUUCGAUGAGAUAUUGGGAGAGCGAAAGAUUCCCACAGCGCUACUGUAAGAGUCAUGGAGAGAUAUACAUGCUAUAUCAUAGAAGGCUAAGAUGUGGAUGUGAGAGUCAAUACUAUUGCUCGAUCAUCUGGCUUUGGCAAACACCAUCCUGUCCACAGUCGAGCACAUGACUUCCAGACCAA